GGUGUAGUUGCUGUUUGUUUGAUAAGCGAAUCACACAUUUGUAAUGGAUGACGGCAAUGACUGUCCAUGCUGUAAUCUACCAUAGUGGCUGGAGAUCGUUGUGUGAUUUUUACACUCUGUGUCAAAAUCUAAAUUACUCUGCGACCAAGCCACACCAAAUCUGUGUUGGUCUGUCAGCUCAAAUGGAGCCACUUGUGUGUGCAGACCAGACCAUCUAUUCUGCAGAGCAGGCUGGAAACCGUACGUCCAGGAUGUACUGCAGAGGGCUUGGUGGAAGUCAGUGCAAGAGAGAGAAAAAAACAUGUCCUGAAUCCAGAGGCGCCAAUUUUUGUGAGGUAAAAUGUGGCAUCUGUCGGUGUAAAAUGGAUUUUGGAUUCUCCACCCACACUGAAGCAGAGAGGAUGUGGCUGAAUCUCUACGUCAUGAGGGAUUUUUGCCACCUUCUCUAGUGCACAUGUGAAGGGAAAGUACUGACAAAGGAUGUUAAUCCUGAGCACAUACGAUUUGUGCUGAUCCUGACCUGUGGAGCAAGAGAUGAAAAAUAUCCUGACAAGAGGUGAACACGGUGAAUUUAGUACAACUUCAUGAUCGUAUCACUAACUAUAUCAGACUACUGCAGUUGUCGAGGGGAUUCUUAAGAAAGAAUGUUGACAAUGUAGAAGAAGAAUUAUGGAAAGAAUCUAGUUUUGAAAUAAUUGAAAAGCUAAAAACAUGGUUAAAAAGCUGGAUGAAAUGUUAAAUGAACUGGCAAAUUUGAAAGAAAUUGUUAAGAAGUCUUCAAAUCAGGAAACUGUUUGUAGAAAAUGUUCAUGUCACUGCCACUCCACACAAGCAACUGUUACGAAAAGCAGUGGCAGUACAGAAACAAAUAGUUUGGAACAGAUAGGAAUUAAGGUAUAGGAAUUACGGUCAGC